AUGGCUAUCCUCAACUAUCUUGGUUUCGGAGGCUCCGCGCCAGUAGCCAAGCCCAGCUCGAAAAGCCCAGUCAGGGCCCUGCCAGCGAGCUGGUACACGUCUGAAGACAUGUACCAGCUCGAGAGACGAGCGAUCUUCUCCAGACGAUGGAUGCUCAUCACGCAUAAGUCGAGACUCAGCCAAGGAGGGGACUACCUGAAAUUCGACAUUGCCGGCUAUGAGUUUGUCCUGUGCCGGGAUCGAAAGGGACAAAUUAAUGGAUUCCACAAUGUUUGUCGUCACCGCGCAUUCCCCGUUGUGCAAGGGCAAGAGGGAUCAACCAAGGUCUUUGCAUGCAAGUAUCAUGGCUGGUCAUAUGGUCUCGAUGGCAAACUCGCAAAGGCACCAAAGUACGACGAACUUGAAGGCUUUGAUAAGUCACAGAACGGCUUGUUUCCUAUCCAUGUACGUGUCGAUGCCUGCGGGUUCGUCUGGGUCAAUCUUGACAGCAAGGAGACUCCGGAAAUACAGUGGGAGGAGGACUUCAACGGGGUCGACACGCAAGAGCGCUAUAACGUCUACAACUUUGACGAUUACGUCCUCGACCAUGAGUACAAACUGGACGGUGCAUACAAUUGGAAGAUCCUGGCCGACAAUUUCAACGAGUGCUAUCACUGUCCCACCGCCCAUCCAGAUAUACCCACGCUAGCAGAUAUCGAGACGCACCAUGUUUCCGGCGUCGACGGAUACAUCAAGCAUCAGUCUGUACCCACGGAGGAGCAGAAGAAGCUUGGCAUGGCCAUUGCCAGCACUUACUUUUUCCCCAAUGUUUCCAUUUCAGUUCUGCCACACUUCAUCAUGCUUCAGCGCUUCCUGCCCAACGGACCAAAGAGCUCAUCAAUGCACUAUCAGAUCUACCGAAACAAGAACUCAUCCGAAGAGGACUUCCAACGUAUCCACAAGCUAUAUGCCAAAGUGGUGUCUGAGGACAAAAUGCUCUGCGAACUCUCGCAGAAGAACCUUAACGCGGGCGUGUUCGUGAAUGGUCAGAUGCAUCCGAGACUGGAGAGAGGCCCUCUGUACUUCCAGCAGCGCGCACGCGAGGCAAUCUGGGACCACGUGGAACGGGAGAAGGCCGCGAAGCAAGAGAUAUGGCCUGCUCAGCAGAACCUGCCUGAUGAUGCCGUUGUGAGCAAGGAGGAUGUGGAGCUUUGCUCCGGUCUGAGUUGCCAACCACAUCAAAGAGGUCUGGCGUGGUGA